AUGGCUGCCAUUACCGAAACCCCGGCCACAGGCCUUCUCAAUCUGGAGAAGGAGCUCGUCUGUUUCAUCUGCACCGAGGUUCUCUACCAGCCUCUGACCCUUCUCGACUGCCUACAUACCUUCUGCGGCUCUUGUCUGAAAGAAUGGUUCUCCCACCAGUAUCGCAAAGCCACCAACUCGCGUGCGCCCUCCCCCACCAACCCCUACACCUGCCCAACAUGUCGCGCUCCUGUCAAAAACGCCCGACCCUAUGCGAAGAUCAAUACCCUGCUGGAGAUGUUCUUGAUCGCGAACCCUGACAAGGAUAGAACUCCGGAAGAGAAGGCUGAGAUGUCGCAGGCAUAUAAACCAGGCGACGAAAUUCUACCGAAAGUCGAGAACCAUCGGAGGAGGGAGAGAAGAAGGCGUGAAGAGGAGGAUUCGGGAGAAUCAAGGCAUGCGGAUGGCGGACAUGGCGAGAGAAACAGACGCGACCAACAUCUAGACCCCGCUUCCGCUGACCGCAGAGGAGCCACCAGCGGAAGUAGUAGGAGUCGGGAACGAAGAGACACGACGGACAGGCAAAGAGAUGCUGAUCGCCGGCCGAGACGUGAACAACAGCGCACCUCAGAUGCGGAGGCUUCUCGACCGCGAACGGCCGGCACUUCCACUUCCGCAGUUCGUUCAACCCCGUCUCCGCCAACCAGUUCACCCAGGCAUCCCGAGGCGGUGGAAGCACGUCAAAUGGAUUCUCCGACGGUUGCCCAUCAAGCAAGUCUAAUAUCCCUGGUCAGCGCUUCAGAAAGUGGCACCGGCACCGGUGAUAGUUUGGACGAGGCACGACUCAUGCAAGAGAUUAUGUCCGAAGGUCUGCUGGAGGGUAUCAAUCUCGAUGAACUGACGGAGCAAGAACAGGAUGUGCUCAGCGAGGCCAUCGCCGAACGGAUCAGGCAACUGCACGCGGAAAGACAUCGCCGACAAGGCUCAGAUGAUAGUAGGCCUGAUACUCAGAGAGAUAUAACGAGGUCGUCGGAUCCACAGGCCGAAGAAAAUGUACGCCAUUCCCGUCAAUCCUCCAGGAGCAACAAUCGCGAACGGACGCAGCCAAGUCCGAGAUCGAGCCACAACGUGGUCAUCGGGGGCAACGGCACCCGGCAUGCCACAGCGUCGUCUCAAUCGACAGACCAUUUACUGACGCUACCGCCAACUACGUCUCAUCGACGGAGAGCCUCUGAUGAGACCCGACGAGGGAUGGAUUCUGCAGCGAGAACAGAUCGGGUGCCCCAGCCUGCAGCGAGAUCAGCAACCGAUCUUUCCAAUCGACCUCACUCAAACUCAAGAGGUCACGAUCGACUCCAGCACCUUGAGCAGGGACCACAUGCGCACAGAUCCAACACGGAGCCCAGAACCUCGCCGAGAGCCUCUGAAGUCUGGCAGGCUGCUGGUGGACGUCACAUGUCUAGUCCGCCACAAGUUGCUUCGCCAGCCCAGCAAUCACCAAGGCCCGAUUCUGUGCCCCCUGUCAUGUCGAGUGUGGCAAUUGGUCCCGUCCCGACCUCUAUUCCCACGCUGGAAUCAGAGGGUUCUGUUCCUGCGCCAGCAGAAUUACCCGCUACUUGCGUCCCAGCCCAGUUCGAUGUGCCGUCCAUUACUUGCUUGCGUUGUUCUCGGUCGAACAUUCAACAUGAAAUCCACAAGCACUGUGCUACUUGUAGGGUUGACGUCUGUCUGAGGUGCUACCGGACCGGGCGAGGAUGUAAUCAUUGGUUUGGGUUUUAUCGGUCUGCCAUGCUCAAAUUCAACGCGUCUCAUCCGUCAAGUCGUAAUAAUCAGUCUAUCGGACUGCCACACCUGCUGACCAGUCGACAGUACGAGAGGCCCUCACAAACCGCGGCCCAGCCAACGCGCCUAAGAGAAGGCAACUUUUGUGACAGAUGUGGAAGUUUUGCUAACGAUUACUUUUGGUCGUGUGACUAUUGUAAUGAAGGCGAAUGGGGCUUCUGCAAUGACUGUGUCGGGAGCAACCAUUGCUGUGACCAUCCCUUACUGCCAGUCGCCUACAAAUCAUGCGAUUCGAACCCUGCUAGCUCGAGAGUGGGAGGAGGUUCAGGUGCUGCCACGCUGAGCCCCUAUAGUUCUGGUGGGCGCGAUAUCUCCCCAGCUCAAAGCGCAGCUUCAAGCAUCACUUCAGGAACCGGGCCUUAUCCUGGCCUCCGCCCCGACUUUUUGCCUUUGGCUAUAACAACCAACUGCGACAUUUGCUCGCGGCCAAUCACACCACCAGAGACCCGGUACCAUUGUCCAACGCAUCCGACUCCCGCUCCCCAGAAACCCAAUCAAAAGGGCGACUACGAUAUUUGCAGCACAUGCUACCAUGGCUUUGUUGACUCUGGGCGGAUGAAGCGAGAAGACGGGCCGGAUGGGUGGCGUCUCUGUCCCGACGGACAUCGAAUGAUAUCCGUGACGUUUGAGCGGGACGAAGAGGGCAACGAGCGCAGAAUCAUCACUCGUGACGUCGUGGGUGGUGCGCAGAUGUCGGAUGCGGAUAUGGCGGCGUGGAAACUUGCGAUGAAGAAUCUGCACCGUGUCGACCGAGCACAUCUCCAGGCGGUGCGAGGUGACUGGAGCUGGCGAGAAGACGAGACUGGCACACGACGUAAAACACGAGCUCGCGCCUCCACUCUCCCACGCUCAGGAAUGCAACUCCCGCCGGAUGGUGGAUGGGGAAAGAUUUGCGUUGCCAGAUGGGGUUAUUACCCUCCCGAAGACGACGGCAAGGCCAGGGAUGAGCUGAUGUUCCCUAAGCAUGCUAAUAUCCGCGAGGUGGAGGAAAUCAACGACGAGUGGUGGUUUGGCGUAUAUGCAGGGGACGCGGGCGUUUUUCCGGCAGUAUUUGUGAACAGGGCCUAA